GUCCUCACACGAUGUCAACCCCUGAAGAGAGCCAACGGAUAUCCUCCGAGAUGAGGAUCCCCCAAACCCACCCAAAGCCCUCACCUGAGAUAUGGUUUCCGCCGGCCAUCGCAGCCGCUGCGGGCCGCACUCUCGUCUCCUCCCCACUUACGCUCUUCCUCUGCAAGCCCUUCCGCUCCUCUUCCCCCUUCGGCGGCCUCCUCCGCUUCUGCCCAACGCCGCCCGGCCUUUCCCGUGCGGCGGUCCGGAUUGGGGUGGUACGGCUCAACUCGGUCCGGUGCAUGGCCCGCCGGGCCGGCGACUCCGCGUACUCGCCGUUGAACUCCGGGUCGGGCGGCGGGUUCAGCGACAGGCCACCGACGGAGAUGGCGCCGCUGUUCCCCGGGUGCGACUACGAACACUGGCUCAUCGUCAUGGACAAGCCCGGCGGGGAGGGAGCCACCAAGCAGCAGAUGAUCGACUGCUUCAUCCAAACCCUGGCCAAAGUCGUCGGCAGCGAGGAGGAAGCUAAGAAGAGAAUUUAUAAUGUGUCUUGUGAGCGAUACUUUGGAUUUGGGUGCGAGAUUGAUGAGGAGACGUCGAACAAGCUGGAAGGUCUUCCUGGUGUUCUCUUUGUUCUUCCAGAUUCUUAUGUCGAUCCUGAGAACAAGGACUAUGGAGCCGAGUUGUUUGUGAAUGGGGAGAUUGUGCAAAGAUCUCCAGAGAGGCAGCGAAGGGUUGAGCCAGUGCCACAGAGAGCUCAAGACAGACCCAGAUACAAUGACAGGACGCGGUACGUGAGGCGGAGGGAGAAUCGACGGUGAGCAUGUGUUAUCUAGCUGAAGGUUUGAACGUAUCCAGAUUGGAAUUUAAGUUAUAUAAUAACCCGAGAUGCAUGGUGUGAUGUUUGUUGGAGAUGCAUUGUGGUAGGACUAUUAGUGUUGCCAAUUUUCUGGCGAGGGACUACUGUAUACAUCCAAGUCAGAGCUUGUGUCUGAUGAAAUAACUUGGUUGAUGGCUGUUGUGCAUGCUGUUGGACUUGGGAAAUAUUAAGCUCUAAUGUCCAGUUCUUUCUUUAUUCACUUCUA